CUAGCGGUAGUAUUCAAGCGCGUGCUUAACGUAUUAGGCAAAUCGAGUAGCCCCCAAACAGAUCUGACUGAAGGAGAUGGAUGAAGAGGAGCACGAGGUGUACGGAGGAGAAAUCCCCGUUGAAGGCGAAUUGGAAGGAGAUAUGGAGGCUCACGGCGCCGAUGUCGACAUGUCCACCGCCGACGAAGAUGCCGUUAAGGAAUUGGACGAGAUGAAGAAGCGACUAAAGGAGAUGGAGGAAGAAGCGGCAGCUCUUCGGGAGAUGCAAGCUAAAGUUGAGAAGGAGAUGGGGGCUGUUCAAGGUGACACAGAUCCUGCCAGUGCUGCUUCUCAGGCUAGCAAGGAGGAAGUUGAUUCACGAUCAAUCUUUGUUGGCAAUGUUGAUUAUGCAUGCACACCGGAGGAAGUUCAACAACACUUCCAGCCAUGUGGUACCGUGAACCGAGUUACUAUUCUGACUGAUAAGUUUGGUCAGCCUAAAGGCUUUGCAUAUGUGGAGUUUGUUGAACAAGAAGCUAUUCAGGAGGCACUCCAGUUGAAUGAAUCUGAACUGCAUGGGCGCCAGUUGAAGGUUAUGCCCAAGAGGACCAAUGUUCCAGGAAUGAAGCAAUUCCGCCCAAGGCGUUUCAAUCCUUAUAUGGGAUACAGGUUCAGGAGGCCUUAUGUCCCCCCAUACUUCUAUUCCCCAUAUGGAUAUGGGAAGGUUCCAAGGUUCAGGAGGGCAUCACCAUAUACACCUUAUUAAAGAUGUGUGGCUGUUAAAAGUAUGAUGAAGCAGAUGCUACAAGCAUAAACACAUGGAGUUCUUUGUCCACCCUCCCCCCGCCCCCGCCCCCGCUUUCCCCCCAUGUACCAUGAGGCUUAUUUUAGAUACAUUGACAAUCUGUUUCCUUCCUUCAUCCACUACUCUCUCAAGAACAGUUCAUGUACUAAACAUUUUAAUGAGAUUCUGUUGCUUGGAACUUUACUUAUAGUAUGAACACUAUUAUACUUAUCAGUUCGUGUUAAUUGUGUAGAGUUUGUAUAGACGGUUAUGUAUUUCAAA